AGCCGGACCUGGCGGGAGGCUGGAUAUGAGCCAUGGCUUCGUUCACCAUAUCCGGCGGAAUCAGAUCGCGAGGGAUGACUAUGACCGUGAAGUGAGACAAGCCAAAGAGAAACAAAAGAAAAGGUACACGCCAGGGUCUACUCGCCCAAAGAAGCCUGACCUGGAGAUGUACCAUCCCCGCCAGAGAGCCACAGAAAAAGCACAUACAACUGGAACCUUAAAAGAUGAUCCUAAUGACAAUGGGAACCAGCUUUUCUGCCUUGAUUUUGAAGCUGAUGGAGGAGAUGUCACUUCUAUUAUUGUGUAUGAGGGGAAAUCCAAAGUAAUUAGCAGUUGUGAUGUGCCAGUUGCUUUGAAGUUAAUUGACGAGGAUGGAUGGAAUGAAAGUAGUAGGGAUGGAAUUAUCCCACAUCACUUACAGAUGGAUAUUGGAUGGGCACUACAUGAAACAAGGAUGAUGAUGCAGAGCAGCUGGCCACCAUGAUCUCUAGUCGGAACCAGCUAGAGGUUGGCAUGAGAGAGGCAAUGAAACAACGGAUCCAAGAGGAAAUCUCUAAGAGAUGAAGAGUGUUUAUGUCCAGGCCAGACUGCUGCGUAUAUAUCCGUGUUGUGCGGAGCGCUGAAAGCUUUCUGGUUUCAUCCCACGGAAGAAAGCUGCGUGUAGAGGAAGUGUGCGUUUCUAGUGGAAGACAAAGUAUGGAGUGAGGACUUGGACACUAAAUGUUCUACUCUCAUUUUAUCCUGGAACCUUUUAUUAUCUGCAGUUCUCAGUAUGAGAUCUGAAAGUGAACAUUGCUGGGAUUGGCAUGGGUUCCGACAACGUGUGUUCUUAGUAAAGUAAAUCAGCAAUAAACCACAUUCCACCCUACAGAUUUCUGGGGUUGGGACAGCAAAUGCUACUGUGGAAUAGAUGGUUAUGGCCCAACUGCCUUUAAAAUACAGAGAGGAAUGUUGUUGAUUACAAAAGGGAGGAGACAAUGUGCUUUUCAUAUUGUCUGAUGUACAGGUAUGUGACCUGGGGUUUUCCAUGUAACUGAUCUUUCCGUAAUUUGGAUUGUCAUACCUUAUGUCUACCAGAAAAUCAUGUAAACAUUAAAUAAACCCAAUAGGCUGCUUUUGCCUCCAAUAAUGAUUAAUUAUAUCUUAGUUGGGAUCAAGUACAAGCUACUGUUUUAUUAUUACAGUGAAAAAGGGAAAUCAUUUUUAAAUAAUUAAAUGGAUAAAAUGGUAUCUAUGGGAGAUGGACUUUCCGUAAUUCAGAGCUUUCUGGAUAGCGUUUUUCCGGAUAAUAAAUCCCAUAUCUGUACAAGUAAAUAAGGGACAUGAAGGGGGGGCAAACUAUGGCGCAGCCUGAAAGCUUGGGGAUUAAGUAACAUGACUAAAUCAGUCUUAACAGGCAUAUGAUAAACCAGCUAUAAUAUCUAUUCAGAAGUGAUUUUAUUAUUUUGGAAAGUAUUUUGUACAGAAUAAACCAGCAGAGUAAAAUAAUGCACCCUCCAAUGAAAUCCCUCCUCCAAUGUGACUUUCUUAAAUUGUUGUUUAAUCAAUAAAAGAAUAGAACUGGAA